AUGGCGAACGCGCUUCGGAACGUGAAGGUACUUCCGAACUCGGCCAGUUUGGAGGAGGCGCGUCAGCGCGUGUUCGAUUUUUUCAGAGCAGCGUCCAGAUCGUUACCCGCCGUUAUGGAAAUCUACAACCUAUACGACGUCACUUCCAUCGCCCAGCUCCGUUCCACUGUCGCCUCCGAGAUCCGCAAGAACAUCCACGUCACCGAUCCCAAAGUGAUCGAUAUGCUGCUUUUCAAAGGGAUGGAAGAGCUGAAGAACGUUGUGAACCAUUCAAAGCAGAGGCAUCAUAUCAUUGGUCAGUACGUAGUUGGUCAGCAAGGGCAAGUGCAGGAUUCAGCAUCAAAAGACCAGGGCAUCUCUCCCUUUCUGAAGAAUUUCUACAGCAGCAAUUACUUUUGA